AUGCCGUAUUAUCGUCGUGGUCCAGGCUUUAGCUUCUCAGAAGGAGCAGGACUCGAUAUCAACGCUUAUGGUCCACCAACCGACUUAGUGCAUUCAAUGGAUUUGGACCUACGGCUCUUUUCGAGCUACUUUAUAGUAGUUGAUCCACUAGCGACUUUUGUAGGCUACCGAAUUGCACAACAUUGUCUGCGUGGUUGUCGUGUAUCGUUCCUAUCGCCGUCGCAACGCAUGUGGAUCGGCUUUUUCUACUGUUUGUUUAAACUUCGACUGAUUGACUACGCAUUCCACGGAACAACAUACUACAUGCUGUCACUGGUAAUAAUGGUCGUGUACUUUGUGUACGCACUUCUGGCUUUUGGCUUUCACUUUGGUCCGCUGCAAUUCUUGUUCUUUGAUUACAUUCCACGAAACAAAAUGACACAGAGUGUGAUCUACAAGAUGGCGCAAUUAUGCAAACAAGUGUCGGCACGUAUCGAGUUUUACAUACUACAGCAGCUUAUUUGCAGUCCUCCAUUGGAAACGCGUGACCGAGAUGCUAUGACCUCAUCGGCUAUAGCCACCCACCCACAAGAUACGACAUCUGUACGCUCAGAUAGAAUCACUGGUUUCUCGCGAGUCACGUCAUUCUUUGGACGAGAAGUCGAGGUGAAUAUUGAGCUUUGGAAUAGCUCCAUGUGUCAGCAAUGGGCUAUGGCUCUGAGCACUACUGCCCGAUCGCAUGCUUCACGUGUUCGGAGAAAACAUUUAAACACUGUUGCAUUCAGCGAUUGUGUGUUCGAGUCCCGAUAUAUGUUCGUAAUGCAGCAUGAUGGUUUGUUGCUUGGUUUUUUUGUGACGACACCAACUGCGACGCUCAUGACUAAGUUUAAGGAUGGAAAAGCCGUACCCUUUGAACUAUUGCUGCGCUUUAACUGUACUUCUCGCCGGGCAUUGGUAACGAUGGUACCACAUUUUUUAUAUGCAGAAAGCCCCAAGCUGGUUGGAAAAAAGACGGUGGCUCAGUCACAGGCUGUCUAUCGUCUACUUUUACAACUUAAUAGUAUGCACGGCAAUACGGCUGAUGUAUCACUUCGUGCUCUACGAGCAAAGAACUUUAUUGACGCUGGUGUCGGUCAAGUGGUAAAGAAGAAGUUACGCAUUGCUGGCUCGUUUAGUGGCCUCGACGGGUAUUAA